AUGAUGUCAGCAAACCAGACAGUGGUGACCGAGUUUGCCCUGCUGGGCCUCUCUGAAACAUGGGAAGUCCAGCUCAUCUUAUUUGUUGUCUUCCUCCUUCUCUACAUUGGUACGCUCUUCAGCAACAUCCUCAUAUUCUCAGCAAUUUUCAGGGAUCAGCGCCUUUCAGAUUCACCCAUGUUCUUUCUGCUAGGUCAGCUGGCUUUCCAGGACCUCUGGCUGUCCUCCUUUGCCAUCCCAAGAUCCCUCUUUGAUUAUGUUGCCAAAUGCCAUGUCAUCUCCUUUGAUGGCUGCAUGGCACAAAUCUUCUUUGUCCAUGUCUUUACAGGCAGUGAGAUGCUCCUAUUGGUGGCCAUGGCCUAUGACCGCUACGUAGCCAUCUGUCAUCCUCUCCAUUAUAUUUCACUCAUGAGCCGGCAUCAUUGCAUUGGGCUUGUGCUUGCCUCCUGGGCUGGUGGGCUCCUCCAUGGCACUGUGCAACUGUGUUUCAUCAUUAAUGUGCCUUUCUGUGGGCCCAAUCAGGUGGACAGUUUCUUCUGUGACCUCCCUUUGGUCAUCAAGUUGGCCUGCACUGACACCUACCCCCUGGAGGUCAUGAUGGUCACCAACAGUGGCAUUUUAUCAUUGGUGUCUUUUGUUGGCCUGCUCAUCUCGUACGGAUUCAUCCUCUACACAAUCCGCUCCCGGGGUCCCUCUGAAGGGACCACCAAGGCUGCCUCCACAUGCACCUCUCACCUCAUUGUGGUCACCAUGUACUUUGGGCCCUGUUUGUUCAUUUACCUGCGUCCAUCUGCCCGGUUCAUGAUUGAUAAAGUUCUCUGCGUCUUCUACACCUGUGUCACCCCCUUGCUGAACCCAGCUAUCUAUGCUUUGAAGAACAAGGAGAUGAAAGCGGCCAUUGGAAGCCUGUUGGCCAGGCUUUCUGGGCAGGUUUCUGCACAGGGCCGUUCCCACCAUUAG